UCGUGCUGAAAAUUUCUAAACCUUGCAUUAUCAGCUGCAUUCGCUGUGGAACGGCCCUACUUCCAGCAAACCGCCUCCUCUUCCUGAGUACUUGCCCUGGGGUCCUGUCUUAUGUCCAUAGCCUGCUAGUCCUCCGAGCCGCAGUUGUCUACAUACUGUAGUCAUGUUAUAAGACUGAUCAUUCUGAGCGGUGAUUCUUUCGGCACUAGUGCUCCUUGCGCUAAGCGUUGUCCGAAAUCUUAUUUUUGUCGAUAAGUUCCUUACUUUCCUCCGGUUGUUCCCAAUCCUUUCAUCAAGCUCAGCCCGCACCGUCGCCGUCCCUUCCAGAAAUUCUCGUACGUUGACAUAAACUCUGUAUCAUUUUCUCGUCAGCAUUAUGGCCUCUCCAGAACAGCGCCUAGCGCGCUCGCAGCGGUGCUCCCGUUUACCGUCACUCUCCCUGAGUAAACUCACCACCCCUCUCCUCCUAUCGCUCCUCCUCCUGCUCCACCACUCGCCGCUCGUCUCCUCCGGCACCGCUUACGGCGGCGUGACACCCUCUGUCAGUUUGCUCGAAUCCCCGUACUCGCUGCACAACGGCUGGUUCGUCUUCUGGCUGUGCACUUAUAACGAGGAUGCGGACACGGGCGAGGUGUCCUUCACCCCGUUCUGGUUCAACGGCUUUCAAGAGAACUUUCCGAGUCCCAUGGAUGCGGCGCUGCCGCCCCUGGGCUUCUACGCCGUGAACGGAAACUGCGAGUACAUGGUCGACUCGUCCUGUAACAUCGUCCAACGAGAUCUGGAGUGCGACGGCUGCUGCUACCUCAACCCCCGCCCCGCCACGUUGAAGCAGGUCACGUGCCUCGGGCGGCUGAGCGAGAAGUGCAACUACCGCAUCGCUCCUCUCUCCGGCACCUGCGGGGAGCCCGCAAACGAAACCAUCAACUGCAAUGUCUGCAACUUCUCCUCUUAGACGUCCUCUUGCCUGGAGAUUGCUGUGCUGGGGAGGCAGAGUGAGAAAUUCAACUGCCGCAUUGCUCCUCUUUCAGGGACCUGUGGAGAGCCAUCGAAUGGUGCCAUCAAGUGCAAUGUCUGCAACUUUUCCUUAUAGAGCUCCUUCUGCUCUUUCUCGCAGGAGAUUCCGUUCAUUAUUUAUCUGGGUGUGCUGGCUUGCUAACAUAUUUUUCUUCCCUUCUGGUUGGUGUUGCAUCUGCAUUCUCUCGGUGUGGCGUCAUGUCUGCAUUGUACCCUAGAAUAUUAACACUGAAAGAAUUGUUACUAGUUUGAAGAUGAGUGGGCUGGGGAGAGGAGGGCAGGAGGGAGGUGAGGUGAGCACUGGAGUGUAGGAGCGAAAUGUGCUGAAAGGGGUACCCAUGUUUCACAGGCCUGCAUAUUGUUGGGCUGAGAAAAACCCUUUAGGAUCUUUUGCAGAGAUUAAGUCCCAGCUG